GUAGAGGCUUGCUUUUGUAAUCAUAUUUUGAUCUUAAAGGUUACUUUUGAUACCACCAACAUAAUAUAGAUCAUGUUCAUGGCAACUAAGUAUGCAUAGAGCAAAAUUUCUUGAAGAGGAUGAUCAGGUAACUAACUUUGUGAAAAGAGGAGCAUGCUCCAAAAUGCGGUCCUGAGACUUCUGUUUCCAGCCGGGACGAUGUUUUUCUCUCGCCUAUUUUUUCUUGUCUGCCCGGCGAGCCGCUUCUCAGCAGUGCUAGGCGAGCGAAACUCGAAGUCUGAGGUGGACCAAGAGUCCUUCCUCGUGCCCGGAUCAGACAGCGAAAAGCCUUUGCCAGUCCCAAAAUAUCCUUCCAGUGCUGCUUACUUCGUUGCAACGACCGUGAGUUCCGAGGCCGAAGCCGAGGCACUUUCGAAAGGACGAGCAGGAAUUGAGCGAGUGUCAAGAGAGCAAGUGCGCAGCUACUACUGGUGGCAAGGAAAAGCCUUCGCGGGCGAACAGGAGUUGCGCGUUACGUUUCGAACAAGCGGUAUAUCUAGCACAACCGAUUUGCGCAAUCAGCUGUUGCAAAAGCACCCUUACGACACGCCGAUGAUGCUCGAUUGGCAUGAGGGCGGUGAUGGAACUUCCGAUGCUCCUCACUCAUCAAGAAAACCCAGCAGACCGCUUGGUGAUAUUGAGGCAGCGUGCGCUGAUUAUGUCGCCAAAGAAACGAAUACGAAGACACAUCUUCCCGACGACAUCACACUGGUCGAGAAACGUGACCAGGCAGUCGCUGCGACGCCGACUAGACGCGGAAAUAGUCAAGUAGAGCAAACCCAGAGGAGGCGCGAGACAAAUUCUACCACAACUAUGCUCGAUCGAUCAGUUGCGCUGAUUGUGCAGGUUCGUGUUUCGUUGCAGCCCACGGAUCGCCAAGAUCGGACGUCUCACAUGCAGAGAGAAGAAGAAGUACUAGAGACUUUGGCGCGAACAGCCGUUUUGAAGAGGAGGAUUGCAGCAUGCGCGCAAGUAGGAAAACAGUCUGCGUGGUUGAAGACAGCCCUGCGACGGAGCGCCGAUCCCGGCGGACAGUGUGCGCUUGUCAGCAAAAUUGUAGAUCUAGCCAAAAAGCAGGGUUUUCAUGAUGACGACAUAGAAUUUUCACUUGUCCAUGCAAAUCCAUCGUACGCAACUUGGGUAACAGAAAAUACCCCGGGAUAAAACAAUUAGAAGAUCAGCAUAUUGUUGCGGCCAGGAGAACAUCAAAAUUAGAUAAACCUUAAAGUAGCCCAAUGGCUACGGAUUUGAAUGAUGUAGUUCAUCAUUCUCAGCGAUGUCGCCCCUGUCCUGUGAACUAGUGCUAAUCUGCACAAGCACAGGAUAAAUUUGAGAAGACAAAAUAUUUGGUUUUUGUUGUUUUUAAGUACGAAGAUCCCUGGGGCUUAGUGCCUUUCAUCUGCCUAAGCUAACUAGAUCCGGACCAACUAUUUAACUCAUCAACUUG